CCAGGAAAAGUAAACUAUCUCGACCACAAAAGAAAAAAUGUUCAAUAUUAACUUUAUCAGUGUUAUGAAAAGAGUUUUUCUACAUGAAGUUGUGAUACUGCAGAAAAAAGAAAGAAAAAAUAAAAAAGGGAAGAAAUGUCUCAUAAGGUUUUCAGAGCACAAAGGAAGACAUUUUAUGAAGAUUACGAUCUAGAUGACGAUGAUUUUGUGAUUUCUCCAAGAAAGCGAUAUGACCAUUACAGAGAAAAUUUUCAACACAGUGCAAAUCGUCCUCAAAGAGAACAGCUCUUAUAUUAUCAAAAUAAUAAAACUCCAGAAAUCAAUGGAGGCAUUAUGUUUAAAUACAGUCCUAGAAAGUCACGUGAUGUGAGAGAAUGGAACCUACCAGUAAUACCCUCCUCCAUGUUUUCAAAAAGGUUUCAUGAUAGCGCCGAGCUUCAAAAUGGCGUUGUGACAACUGGAGAUGCAAUGAUCCCUGCAGCUCCACGAAAGCGAAAUGAAUCUGUUCAAACAGAUCAAUGUGACUUCACCGAACACCCAAUUAAGAAAAGUAAUGCCAUGCACGAGUUAACACCUGUUUCCAUGGUGACACAACAAAAGAAGAAAAGCAAGGAGAAGGUUUAUGUGGCAGACGAAGAGAUGAUCGCGCCGAUUAUUUUUGUAGAUCCCGAAUGUUAUAACAAUGAAAUUGAUAAAUGGGAACAACAAGAACCCAACAAUAUCGUUCAACGACAAUUCGCAACUUUGAAAGAUUGGAUGGAGGAUGUUGUUAAUAUUAAAGGGUUACAAGAGCAGCAGUCUAAACUUAAAAAGAAAAAGAAAAAAAAUCCUUGGAAUACUUUGAGAAACAUCGUAGUGCAAAUGAGACGAAAGUCCAUCGAUGCAGACACAAAGCUAUCUAACAAUGGAAAAAUAGAAGAAAAGAUAUUAAAAACGAAGAAAAGAUACUCAAAAAUAAAAAGUGCGUGAUCAAAUGGAAGGUGUUUAGGGGACUGCUGAUAUUAAAGAUAAACGAGAGAGAGACAUGAGUUGGUUGUUUCAUUUUUGGAACGACACAGACAUAAAAGAGGAAUAGUCAAGAAAAAAUAUUUUACACAUUCGAUGUAUAUAUUUUAAUGAGAAUUUAUACUUAUAAUUCUUACGGUUAACAUUUGGUCUAAGAUUUCUUUUCAUAAAA